AUGGUAGAAUCUGAUCCUUCUUUUAAAAUCAAAGUAGUAAUUGGGGAAAUUCAAUCUCGCUUUGGGUAUACGAUAAGUUAUCGAAAAGUGUGGUUGGCAAAGCAAAAGACAAUUGAAAAUGUAUUUGGUAAGUGGGAAGCCUCAUUUGAAGCUUUGCCGCAAUGGUGCAUAGCAAUGUGUGAUGCUGAUCAAGGUUCUAUUGUGAAAUUAGAUGUUGUACAGGCUUAUCGCAAUGAUGAAUUGGUUCCUAAUGUUCAAAUAUUUCAGCGAGUGUUUUGGACUUUUGGUCCCUCCAUUAGAGCAUUCUGCCAUUGCAAGCCACUUGUGCAGGUUGAUGAGACACAUUUAUAUAGAAAAUACAAAGGAGUUCUACUAGUUGCUGUUGCACAAGAUGGAAAUCAGAAUAUAUUGCCGAUUGCAUUCGCUGUAGUUGAGGGUGAGAUAGCAGAUGCUUGGAGUUUUUUCCUAGAAAAUUUACGAAAAUAUGUCGUUACUAAAGAUGGCGUUGGGUUGAUUUCUGAUCGUCACAAGUCAAUUAUAGCAGCAAUCAGAAGAAGUAAUGGCCAGUGGGAACCUCUAAGAGCAUUCCACAUGUAUUGUAUCAGGCACAUUGCUGCAAAUUUCUUGCGUAGAUUCAAGACUCCCAACUUGCAUAAACUUAUUGUUCGGAUGGAUAAUAAACUUGAUUUUUGUUACUCAAGAACUGAACAUGAAUUUAAUAUUCAUUAUCAACGAUUACGGGAGCGUGGACAAGAUUAUGAAGACUGGCUUAGUGAAAUACCAAGAGAAAAGUGA